GGCAAUAAUUGCUUAAAUUCUGAUAUUCCGCGUUCUAACGGGUUUCACGUAAAUAUUCCCAGCAGCCUCAUAUACUCGUAUGGAAUCAUUAAACUAGAUAUUAAUAUUUCCGAAGAAGAAUUUUUCGAGGGUCAACGUUCACCUGUCACAAUAGAGGCAUUCAAACGCAUCUCUAUUCAGAAAGAUGGAAAAACUAUCCAAACUCGCACAGUAGAACUGAAAUUCAUUGCACCUAAAAUACCAUCCGUCAUUUCUAUCUACAAUAUGAUAUUCGAAGUUAUGCCCAGCAUCCGUUCCCCUGUCCAAUGCAAUCGUUGUUUAAGAUUCGGACACACCCAAAAAUACUGCCGUAGUGAAGCUAGAUGCAGCCACUGCGGUGAAACCAAGCACUCAAUAGACUCGUGCCCCUCCACACAAGCCACCGACCCGAUAUGUCUACACUGCAAACUUCCUCACCUUGCCACUGACCGUUCCUGCCGGGAAUGGUUACUUCAAAAGGAUAUAAAAAAAAUCAUGGCGACAGAAAACCUAUCCUACAAAGACACGUUAAUAUUUAAGAAAAAUAAAUGUUACACACCAGCCUUUAAAUAUUCCGAUAUUGUAAACUGCCAGCCUCAUAUCUCUGAAAACAUCGAAAUCGACACUUCUCUCCAGAAUGAUCACUUUCCUAGUCUAAACAAUUCCCACCAUUUCUUCAAUAAUAAAAAAAAAAAAAAAAAAUACAUAUCUAAUCCAUCCCAGGUGCACAAUAAUAAAAAAUAUUUCUUACCUGUUGAUUCCUCUUAUACCUCCCCAAACGGGAGCUACUUAAUUAAUCCCAAUGGCCCAAUUAAGUCACCCGAUGAAAACGAUAAUGACUUCUCCUGGAUUCACACCCUAUCCCUCAAAUUAUCCGAAUCUCUUAUAAACGCACCUUCACUCUCCUCUCCUUUUUCCCCGUCUUAUCUUCAGAACCUAAUUGAGUCAUCAUUAACUUCCCUCCUCGCCGUUCCAAAUUUUGUUACAAUCGACUAGGUAAUGUCCAUAUUUUCAACGAUUCUAUAAUUCAUAAUAACUAAAUUACCUAAA